AGAGAGAGAGAGUAUGAGAAAGCGAGAACCGAGAAGGGGAGGAGGAAGCAAAUUAAUACGGGCGGGCAAGAGGGUCCAGCUAACGAACGAACCGACGCCAAGUCUAGUGUCGACCAGCGCCGCGACGCCUUGCAAUCCCACUCUCUCUCUCUCUUCCGCUAGCUCGAUCGUUCUCAUCCUCGUUUCACGAAAUGAAUCUCGAGAGGACACACACAUAUUAUUAACCUACGAUUACCUCGUAUCGUUACUUCGCAUAUCGUGUUACUUCGCAUUUUCUAACCGAGUUCCUUAAUCGAUCUUCGAUCUAUCUUCGAGAGAUUGAAUUCGGACGUCGUUUUAAUAAGGUACACGUUCACUCACGUCGAUUAAGAAUCUGAUAUAUAUCACGCGUUACACGGUGUUGAGUGUACAAAGGGCUUGGUUUCUCGGAUUGAUACAUUGGAUUUCGACGGUGACAGUGAGAGGAUUGAAUCGUUCUUUAUGAGUGUUAGCAUGGAUGAUGGUAUUGAAGUCCGGUGUCGAGCGUGUUGAUUCGAAGGGAUCCAUAGAUCGAUAGAUCUUUUAAUUGUUUGGUGAAAUAUUAUCCAACGAUGAUCGCGUUUCACAAAAUUUUUUCUUACGCGAUUCGUUAAGACACUUUCAAAGGAACGUAUCGUAUAUAUUCGCAUUCGUUUUAGUGAUUCUCUCAGAUAAUAUCGUUCCGCGAAUACGAAUGUUUUUCGACUUUGUGUCUUCCUCUUGAAUGAUUAUCUUUUAGCUUCGGAUCAUUUCUAUUGGCGACAUCGAAGUUCGCAGUUGAAAUAUAUACAAGUAAUUAAUUUUACAAAAGAAAAAAAAAAAGAAGAAGAACAUUAACGACGAAACGAACGGACUAUUAAGAUUAGCGGAAUAAUUAUUCGAUAUUUCUUGUCGCGAUAAUCACGUUUAACGGUACCUUUUCCCUUUCCAAGGAGCUGGCUCCGCCCUGUGCACGAUCUAUUAUUUCUUCUUUCUCUUAACGUUGCACCGCCAUUUUGCCAGUUUAUGCCUAUCGUGAUCGGUAUCACACGUAAUUUCCAUACGGCCGUGCCGACAAAUCGAAAAGAACUCGUAUCUCGUAUUAGAAAAAUCCUGUCGAGUUGGUAUGGUUAGUUUCUUGCGACGUUCGUUGCUUUGUCGACUCGUUUGCACGGAUCCUCUAAGAACUCGCGAAGGAGAAGGAGAAGCGGAAGGAAACGUCACGGUGUUGUCGCUCGCGAAAGCGAGUCACGAGGAUCGAGCCGAUGCUCGCUCCGAGACGUCCUCCUCGCAGUCUCAUUUUAAUUAAACGAAAUUCCGCGUCUAACAAAGGGCGGCAAGCCAGCCGGAUAAUUCGAAAGGGCAGAUACGUGCUUCCUGGUUGGUCGAGUCGGUGGAUGCGGGUGGUGGCGGCGAGGGAGGAGGGUCGACGGAGGCUCACGUGCACCGAACCUUAUUUCAUCAGCGAGGGCCUAUAUGCCCCUCUGGAGGAUCUCGAUAAUACUCGCGAGAUCACUCUACACACGAUGACCAUCGGUCUUUUCAUCGAAGAUCCAGGGAAGAAAGAUGAUUUUAUGUCGAUCAGUUCGGCUUUGCGACACUACUUGCCAGAAAAGGACACACCGUACAUUCUUGAUAUCGAUCUGGAUUUCUUCAGCACUAGAAAUCCCUUCAAACUCCUUUACGAUGAUAUAAAUCUGUACGAUAAACUUGCUCCUAUCUACUCUUUUCAACGACCCGAUACAAACGAUCCAGAGCUCCUGAAAGAGAUUUCUACUCUGAGAAUCGAACAGCUCGAUGAAUUGGAAAAUAUCUUCGACUAUCUCGAAGACAAUCGUAACUUGAAGGACUACCAAGGCGAAAAGUCAGCACGAUAUGAAGCUGUAGAAGUUAUUUUUCGUGAAUUAACAAGCGUAUACAAAGACAACGAUAUCGAUUGGAGACUCAUACAUGAAGCUGGUUGCACUAGAGAUGAUACCGAUCUACCGGAUCACAUUACCAAACCUAACGAUCUCGAACGCUUAAUAGGCGGGACAUUCGCAUUAUUUCUAUCCGCUUUGCCAGUAGAACCAACGAUCAUUACUAUUGCCAGAUCUGCUGAAGAUGAUUAUUGUCCAACGGAAGACGUCGAUCUAAUCCAAACGAGAGUUUUAGACGAACUUGAUAAACGCUUAGAGUCAAACAUAGAUGUCCAAUUAAAUUAUGGUGAUAUGUUGUUAUCUUAAAUUACUACUAUUAUACUCAUUAUGAGCAUUACUUUAUAUCUUUACUUUCUGUCAUACUUAUUCUUAAAUAAAAAAUAAAUUUUUCUUACGAAA